CGAACUUCUUAUUGUUGCUUGCCUCUCCGACGUUGUCCGCAACAUCUAAAAGUCUCUUUGAACUUAACAUUUCUCAAGGCACAUCAAAAAGCAAUAAAUAACCGUCGGUGCUACCCUGUCUGUGAAUUGAUCGCGUGGUAACUGGCACGUUGAUUUGAUCAUCUCAAUUGGUUCUGUGAACAUAUCGAUCAUCAUGAACGCCUUCAGAGCUCUUCGGCCAGUCGCCUCAAAAAUACAGGCACCUACCCUGCCGCGAAUCACCAGGGGAUUUGCAGCAUCUUCCAGGCUGGGAUAUGAGCAUAUUCAGGUCUCGGAGCCCAGGCCGGGUGUCGGUCAAGUCACGCUCCACAGGCCAAAGGCGCUCAACGCCCUCAGCUCCCCGCUGAUCAAGGAGCUCAACACGGCGCUGGGUGACUAUCAAAAGUCGGAUAGCAUAUCGGUCAUUAUAAUCACAGGCUCUCAGAAGGCCUUCGCAGCAGGUGCCGACAUCAAAGAGAUGGCACCUCUGACCUUCUCCAAGGCCUACACCGAGUCAUUCAUCGAGAACUGGUCAGACCUGACCACUCAGGUCAAGAAGCCCAUCAUUGCCGCUGUUUCCGGUCACGCUCUUGGUGGCGGUUGCGAACUGGCCCUGAUGUGCGACUUUAUCUACUGCACCGAAUCGGCCAACUUUGGUCAACCUGAGAUCAAGCUGGGCAUUAUCCCCGGGGCCGGCGGCAGUCAGCGCCUCACCAAGGCGGUUGGGAAGGCUCGUGCCAUGGAGCUGAUCCUCACAGGCAAGUCCAUGACUGGCGCCGAGGCCGCUCAGUGGGGUGUUGCUGCCCGGUCAUUUGCCACGUACGAGGAGCUGAUGGAGGCCACGCUCAAGACGGCCGAGACAAUCGCAAGCUACUCGAAGGUCGCGGUCCAGGCGUGCAAAGAGGUGGUCAACAAGAGCCAGGAUCUGGGUCUGCGCGACGGCGUUGAAUAUGAGCGUAGGGUGUUCCACAGUUUGUUUGGGAGCCAAGAUCAGAAGAUUGGGAUGACGGCUUUUGCGGAGAAGAAGAAGGCCGAAUGGACUCAUCAGUAAGCCAGGGGAAACGGUUGUUUGUAUGGUUAUGUAUGAGAUCAAGAAAAGAAUGUCUGGAUUAUCAGACCCUAUCGACCCAACCGAGUGGACUUGGCACGAUGGUUGCCAGUGGUAUGCACGUAAUGUAGAGCGCGCGUGAUGUUGGGGUGCAUGAGGGCCCUGCGUCAUUGCCUG